UCUCCUGUCUGCAGAGAGACGCAGUCGGGGAUCCGGUGUCAAAGUUUGGCUGGUUGUUAAUCACCGUCGCGGGCUGCACGUGAGUAAUAACAGUCGUCGUUUGGGGCUGUUUGUGCCCGUGUAUCACUCAGACUGGGCGGACGUGCUUAGAUAUUAAGAAUUCAAGCAGAGCGCAUGUGAAGCGUGCGAGCGCAGCGUUCACGAGCCUCAGCUCCUUUAAACGGGAACCGGGCUCUGUACGUCGUGACGUCAGAGACAACGACCGGUGCUUCUGAACCGAGUCGCUGACCGAAGGGCGUUUCCGUCCAGUUCCCUACCCUGACCGGACCGCAGAGGGACCUCUCCGCCUGGCACUCCGGGACAUGGCGCCGAAGACCGUGCUGAUCGUUUAUGCCCAUCAGAGCCCAAGCUCGUUUAACGCCGCUGCGAGAGAUGUGGCUGUGCAGACGCUCACUGCACAGGGCUGUAAAGUCAUUGUGACUGACCUCUAUACCAUGAACUUCCGCUCCGCAGCAACAGCGGCGGAUAUCAAAGGUAACUUGAAGAACCCUGAACACUUUCUGUACAGUGAUGAGACCUUUAUUGCCUGGAAGGAGGACAGGUUGAGUGAUGACAUCAAAGAAGAGCAACGCAAGGUGACUGAGGCUGAUAUCAUCAUCUUUCAGUUCCCACUCUACUGGUUCACUGUUCCCGCUAUAAUGAAAGGCUGGAUGGAGCGAGUGCUAACUCAAGGGUUCGCCUACACUCCUGAGAGCAUAUAUGACAAUGGCAUUUUUAAGGAUAAAAAGACUGUGCUGUCAUUCACUACUGGAGGAGUGGAGUCUAUGUACCUCCCUGAUGGCCUCUAUGGAGACAUCAAUGUUGUGCUAUGGCCCUUACAGAACGGAGUUCUGCGCUUCUGUGGUUUUCAGGUUCUGGCCCCGCAAAUCUUCUGGUGUGUUGCAGAUGCACCUCCCUCUGAGAGAACAGCAAUGUUAGAGGCAUGGCGAGCCAGACUGAAAGGAUUGCUGGACGAACAGCCUCUGUCGUUUGCUCCCACUAAGCUCUUUGACCUCAGCCUCCAGGCAGGGUUCCGACUGCGUUCAGAUAUGAAAGAGGCGUAUGCCUCUCAACCCUACGGCCUCACCACAGGGCAGCACCUUGGUAAACUGCUCCCUCCAAACAACCAGACGAAGGCUUCUCCAAAUGAAAACCAUUAGAGACACCCUCACAAAAGAAUGCCUAGCAACCGAAUCAAGCCUGAAGUUAUGAGUUUGUAGCCGAGUCAUUAUGCGCUAAUGUCAUUAUUGCACUAAUGCUGAAAUGUGAGAAUAUGUCUAAGUUUACUUAAAUUUAAAUCCAGGUUUAACAUACUCAAAUCUAAGUUUAGCCUCUUUCUGUAUCUAAAAUAUUUCAACCCUUGGCAGACCUGUAUGUUUUCCAUAGCAUUAACUUGUCUGUCAAUUCUUUCAUCAUUGAAGAUGUGUAAGAUGUUGUUAUCUGUUACAAAACUAUUCAAACUAACAUCGACAUAAUUCUUCAAUAAAGCAUUGCCUGCCCUAAAA